AUGCGUCUACCUCCCAGGGGGUCGGGUACUGGUAAUUCAUCAAAUCUGACAGAUAAGCAACCCACCCAGAUUCUCACUUAUUCCGACAUCGUUAGCAUCUCCCCUAAGAAUGACGAUAGAGUUUCUUAUGCGGAGGCUACUGGCAAGAAGCCGAUGAAAAUACAGGAUUUGGCUGCUCACAUUUUUCAUGAUCUGCGGCCUACUAAGGAGGGCGAUCAGUUCUCCCUCAAAAUACCGAAGGAUCUAUAUCUUAAGGAGAUUAAGGCCUUUGAAUUUGCUUUGACAGGACGUUUGUUUCUUCAGAAAGGAGACAAACCGAGAUCAACUAUGGAACUAAAGUGGGAACUUCAGAGAUUAUGGAGUUUAGCCUCUGAUUGGCAACUAAUUCCUUUGGGAAAAGGUUAUUUCACUCUCCGAUUUACUACGGCUGAAGAUAAGGCUACAGCAAAGGGAAAGGCAGUUUGGGAGCUCUCAAAAGGACUCCUCCGACUCCGUGAAUGGACUCGAAACUUUGAUCCUUUCAAAGAGAAUUCCCCUUUGGCGGACGUUUGGGUUCGCAUACACUAUCUGCCGAUAGAAUACUGGAACCCACAGGUUAUUUCUGGAAUUGGCAGAUAUUUGGGUCACCCCUUAAAGAUCGAUGGAGCGUCGGCACGACGUGACUUCGGACAAUUCGCUAGAAUCCUUGUGGAAAUCGAUAUGUCGCAAAAUCUACCUUCUACUCUUUUAAUUGAUGGUGAGGAUACAUCCUUCCAUGUUGAAUUUGUCUUUGAAAAUUUGCCUCUUUACUGUCGUCGUUGCAAAAUAACUGGGCAUUCUCAAGAAACAUGUCGAAAAAAGCGACGUGUGGAGCCGGUAGCUAUUCAGGAAAAUCUGACGGCUGCUCCUAACAAUCAGUCUGGUGUGGUGACUCAUAAACAAUGGCACAUUGUGGAGCAGGGCAAGAAGGUUGUUGUCCCAAUCGUGCAAACAACGGGGGAACAUCAAAACACUUCUAGUUUUGGCCAUUUGGCGACGGGGGUGCAGCAGCAUGAUUUCCAGAAUGAAGGCCAUGAGAUGGCUGGCAGUAACCCAGUUCUGGAUUCCAAGAGGGUUGACGAUCAUGGCACUGAGGAGAGAGCGUUAUACGAGCAGGAGGCAGCGGUGUUGGUUUCGGUUGAUUAG